GAUGUUGAUUGACUAGGCUUGGAUUUAUAAGUAUAGGCUCUUGUCUUCAUCUAAGCAUAUAACAAGAAAGACAAGAUCAUGGCUGAAAAGCUGUUCUUAGAGGACUAUGCUACUAUCGGUGUCUAUUUUGUUAUUGUUCUAGCCGUCGGAUUAUGGUCGACAUUUAGACCCAACAAGGGCAAUGCCAAGGGUUACUUUCUGGCUGGGAAAAACAUGCACUGGAUACCAAUUGGGGCCUCUAUCUAUGCAAGUAACAUUGGAGCUCCGAUGUUCAUUGGACUUGCAGGUUCUGCAGCUGGCUCUGGUAUCGCUGUUACUAUAUACGAAUGGCAUGCGGUGUUUUUCCUGAUUUUGUUAGGCUGGGUGUUUCUUCCAGUGUAUGUAGCAUGUGGGGCAUACACAAUACCGGAAUGGGUAAAGAAGCGCUUUGGGGGGCAGCGACUGCGCAUGUAUGUUUCGUUCCUCGCCCUAAUUGGCUACAUCCUCUGCAACAUAUCGGGUGAAAUAUAUACAGGAGCCAUAUUUCUUCAGCAGAUGUUAGACUGGAAUAUCUACCUAUGUGUUAGCAUUAUUUUGGGAAUAACUGCAAUUUAUACAACUGUCGGUGGAUUGGCUUCUGUCAUCUACACAGACACAUUACAGACGGUCGUUCUUGUAAUCGGUGCCGCCAUUCUAUUUUUAAUGUCAAUAGUUGAGGUGGGAGGAUACAAAGCCAUGGAAACCAAGUUCAUGGCUGCUAUGUCCAAUGAAACCCUUCACAAUCAGACAUAUUACAAAUGCGGGGUUCCCCCGGCGGAUUCCCUCCACAUGUUCAGAGACCCCGUGAGUGGUGACAUCCCUUGGACUGGGGCUUUACUAGGAUUGUCCACUCUUGGACUUUAUGGAUGGGACCAGGACCAGAUAAUUGUUCAGCGAACUCUGUCUGCUCGAAACAUGGUGCACGCAAAGGCAGCAGUAUUGCUGGGAGCUGUGCUGAAGCUGACGGGUUUUCUAUUGUUUGUCAUUCCCGGCAUGAACAGUCGUAUUCUAUACACAGAGGAAGUCGCUUGUGCCGAUCCUAAGAAAUGCAUGGAAUACUGCAGUAACAGGAGUGGCUGUACAAAUAUUGCCUAUCCACUUAUGGUUUUGCGGCUACUUCCCAAAGGUCUACGAGGUCUUAUGCUUGCUGCCCUGCUGGCCGGAUUAAUGAGUACACUGACUUCAAUACUGAACAGUGCUAGCUCCAUCAUGACCCUCGAUAUCUGGCACCAGUUUCGGAAGAAGGCCUCUCAGUACGAGUUGAUGAUUGUUGGACGAGUUACUGUCCUUGUCCUUGUUGGCUUCAGUAUCCUCUGGUUACCAAUAUUACAGCAGACCCAGGGAGGGCGAUUCUGGUUUUAUAUCCAGUCUGUGAGAUCCUAUCUUGUACCUCCUCUGUGUAUGAUGUUUCUUCUGGGAUUGUUCUGGAAAAGGACCACAGAACAGGGAGUGUUUUGGGGACUUAUGCUAAGCAUAGUAGUGGGUUUUGUACGCAUGGUCCUAGAUUUUACUUUUCCAUCACCUGCAUGUGGCAGUGAUGAUGUGGACGCUAGACCAGAAAUAAUCUCAAAAGUAGAUUUUCUGCAUUUUGCAACACUUUUAGCGCUAUUUGCAACGAUUGCUAUGGUCGUCAUCAGUUUGUUUACACAACCUCGUCCUGCAAAUAAGCUCCACCGCCUUACAUGGUGGACAAGGAAUGAUGAUGUACAACCAGAACUAACAGGUGACGAGGAUGAAGAUGUUCAUAUCUCUGUUCACUUGAAGGAAGAAGACUCCAAAUCUAUGGAGAUUCAGGAGAACCAGAAACUGACGUCUGAUGACGGUGUUUUAAGAAGAUUUAUGAUCCUUUGUAAGAAUUGGGUCUGUGGAAUUGAUGAGGAUGCUAAACACACAAUGACGAAAGAGGAGAUAAAAGAAUUAAGACGGAAGAUGACGUCAUUAGAGGAAGCCUCUCGGUGGAGGAAGAUUUUAAACAUUUCUGCUCUAAUUAUUGGUGUAUUUACCGUUUUCUUAUUGAUAUUUUUUCGCUAGACAUGUUUUGAAUGUGAGUUAGUUUUUUGAUGUGAUCUUAUAAUCUAAAUUAUGAGAUUUGGUGAUUCUUAAUAACGUCAUAAGCAAAGAAAGAUAAGCCACGUUAGUUAAGGUUUAUUUUCGUGAUCAAGUAAUUUUGAUCGACUCUGUAGACCUUUUCCUUUUCUGAAGAGUUGGUGCUAGGGCUUUCCUUUUUCACAUGUGUUUUCCUUUUGACAAGAGCUUCCUUUAGAUACCAACAAUUAUAGCCCAUUGACCUUGACCUUGGAGUUUGACCUACCUUUGGAAAAAAUUAACCUUGGCCCUUACUUUUGAGCAGUUAGUGCUACGGCUUUCAUACUUCACAUAUAUAAUCCUUGUGACAAGACUUUCCUUUGGAUAUCGACAACUUUAACCCUUUGACCUUGACCUUUGAGUUUGACCUACUUUAAAAAACUUUAACCUUGCCCUUUUUUUUUAACAGUUGGUGCUAGGGCUUUCAUAUUUUACAUGUGUAUUUCUUGUGAGAAGGCCUUUCUUGAUGUUUGACUUACUUUUGAAAAACUCUUCCUUUUCCAUAUCUUUUCAAUGAUUGCUGCUUGGAAUUUCAUAUUUCAUCGAUAUAUUCCUCGGGACAAGACCUUACUUUGGGUACCAAUAUAAAUGAUUUGCAUUUAAGAAAAAAUUUAACUUUCUCUAUAAUAUGCCAUACAGGGGCAUCAGUGUUUCACAAACACAUCUUGUUUUACUAGUGUGUCCAUUUCAUCAUGCAUCAGACACAAAUUAACCAUACAUCGGCACUGUCCGAUGCAUGAUCAUUUAUUUCCUUUUUCAUUUAGCGAACAUGUGUAAUACUCUAUUGAAAGUUGUUUUCCAGAAAUAAAAAAAUAUGAACAACACAUUAAAUGAAAAUACAACUUAUUGGUAUGUGAUCACUAGAAUUGGGAUCUCUCGUAGAAUUGGAAGGUUAUAACCCCCGAGACCAAGACGUAGUAGUCGUAUGUGAAGAGAGGGACAGACAAAUUUCUCCACAUUUGUAAUUCAAUAUGAUCAUUCACUUAAAAAAAGAGUAAAUUUUAAUGAUGCCUAAGAAUAUUUUCAUCGAAAAUCAAUAAGCAUUUCGGGUGUUAAAGGUCAGUGCUAUAACGCUAAGACAUUUUCCCGGUUCAAUACUUCGGUUGUCCGAUACAUGGUGAAUAUUGUCCGAUCCUUGGUGAAUGGUUA